GCUGUGCCUCCAAGGUUGCUCGCCACCGCCUCCACGACUGCGCCGACCAUCCUCCUGUUUCCCUCUCUCCUACAUAUACGCCUCUAAGAGAGGGCUAUCUAACCAUGUCUUCCCCACCCACUCUCCCCGAACGCCGCCCGGAAUCGCCUGCGAUGCCGUCUGCCAGCUCGCCAUCUCCCCCGCCUCCGGCGAUCCCCACUGCUGUCGCGCCUGCCAUCGCAAAUCCUUUUGAUGGGCCGGACUCCCCUCCCCCUGCAUCUAUGACUGAGCCGCAGCAUGCGCCGCCGACGGGGCAAACUGAGCCGCCAGCAGACCCUCGAGUUGCCGCACUGAAGGCGAUGUUCCCCGACUUCGAUGACCAGAUCUUGCUGUCCGUACUUGACUCUGUCAAUGGCAAUCAGGACCGCGCCAUCGACAUGCUGCUUGGUAUGAGCGAUCCAGAAUACAAGGGAACGCAAGCACCAGAAGCUCCCUCGCGCCCACAAACGCAAGAAGAUCUCGACGCGGAAUUCGCCCGCCGACUCAUGCUUGAGGAGCAAGAAGCCAACGACCGCGCCGCCGCCAUGUACUACGAGCAGCAGCAGUCCCGCUACGCCAACUCCGGCUGGCAACCCCAGUCUGGCCCCGGUGGCACGAACAACGCGCCGAAUAGCGGGAACGACACGAUGUCCGACAUCCAGGCGCAGGUCAAGCAGUUCGGCGAGACCGCCGGGAAGACUCUUGGCAGCCUCUUCUCGAAGGUGAAGGCGAAGAUCCAGGAGCUGGAUACAAACAACAGCGGUGGUGGUGCGUCUGGAUCGCAGGCGCCCCAGCAGCAGCAGCAGCAAGCGCAGUGGGCGGCGUCGCCGAACGCAAACUAUCAGCCGUACAGGAGAUCGCAAGAGUCGAGCGCGCGGCGGUCGCAUGAGGCUGCGGCUGCGCACUACGAGGACUCGGAACCAAUCCGUUUGGGAAGUCCUCCUGCAGAGGCAGGGCGCUCCUCGCAGGGCUACGAUGUAUCGCCUUCACCAUCGCCCGCGCCUCGCCCCACGAGCCGCAGUUCGCGGCCCAUAGACGGUGGCAAACUCGGCAUCCUCCCCAAGCGCCCGGUCUCCCUGGUCCGCGAUCCGUCGCCGAAACCGUCGGACGACGAUGACGACCUGGAAUACGCGGAGAACCCGUUCGAGACAGAGGACAAGGGCGUCAAGCCGGCGAAGUGAGAGGUGUCGAGCUGGUCGAGCGAGACUGCAGGCAGGCCGACCAACGGAGGGGUGGCAAGCUGGCUGGUGAGAGAUGGCAAGCCGGUCAAGCGACAAGCGUCUAGCUUCCGGCUUUAGUAGAAGACGACAAGGGGACCGAAAGAGGAUAAUAAUGCUUGUAUUUGUUCGCGGCCUAUAUUAUGGUGAUACCCUGGGUCUACAUAACUCACGUUCGCAAUGGGUGUACAGUCGCGCCGACGGAGAUUCUACCGCUUGCCACUCC